AUUCUCCGGCGGCUGCAGAUUGACGGGACGAGAUGGUCCUGGCGGGGCUCAUCAGGAAACUCGGUCAUCAGCUGGCCGAGAUCAGGGAGCGCGCUCUCAAGAGUAUUCUCUGCAAGAUUGAGCACAAGUUAAUCUGCUACGCUGAUCUCAUUCAGGAGAGGCAACUUUUUCUUCAUUUGCUGGAAUGGUUCAAUUUCCCGUCCGUUCCGAUGAAGGAAGAGGUUCUGAACCUGUUAAGCAGAUUGGUUAAGUAUCCCCCAGCAGUCCAACAUUUGGUUGACGUUGGUGCAGUAGAGUUCUUAUCUAAGCUUCGGUCUAAUGUGGAGCCAAAUCUGCAGGCUGAAAUUGAUGGCAUUCUGGAUGGACUUUUUCUUCUUCCUUCGGAAGUUCCUGCACUAUCUUCUGCCUCAUACCAAACCAAUCAAACUGAAUUGUCAAAAAACCCUGAAAUCUUAACAGGAUAUUUUCCCCAAGACAAAAGUAAUUUCCAGCAGAUGGAAGUGCCGCCACGACCAGUGGUAAAUCAGACUGUGAAGUGCUUGAAGUUUUCUACAUUUCCUUGGCUACCCCUGACCACCACAGACAGACAUGUCCUCUCCUCUAAUGAAAGCUCUUUAAGAAGUAGUAACCACACUUUAAUCUGGAACACCUGUGAACUACUGAAGGAUGUUAUCAUGCAAGAUUUUCCUGCUGAGAUUUUCCUUCAAAGGCCAAAAAUUGUUCAGAGCCUUUUAUCUCUGUUGAAACUGGCCUUUGGAGGAGAUGGAAAGCAUCGCCUGGCAUUACAGUCAGUGUCCUGCCUGCAGCAGCUGUGCAUGUAUUUAAGAAACAGACUUAACUUUCACCGAGAUCCAGGUUUUUUCUCCAAUAAACACGACACAGUUUCCCAAAAUUCUUCUUUGUCUUAUUGUCAUGAAGCAAGAGGUACUCAUCAUUCCCAGAAUCCUUCCCCAGGAAGCAGCAGCCCUCGGCCUUCUGUGGUUGGGCGCACAGGCCAGCGACCCAGAGGAGAUGGCCAGGACUGGGAUGCAGCGUCCUCUAGUGGAAGUAGUAGUCAUGCUCAUGUAAACUCCAGGAUAUCCGUUCAUUCACCUUUGGAUAUGGGACACAUAGAUCUGCCAGAGCUGGAAACUGAAGACACAUUGGAACUACAAUUCCAGCAGCUCAGUCUUCCCCAGUUUUGUGUCUCCAUUCUGGAAUCAGCUGUUCCUCUCUUAAGAACAGGUAGCAGACAAGUGAUAAUAAGAGUUCUGGAAUUGCUUACAGAGGAUAUGACACUUAUUGGUGAAGCAAUUUCAACAGAUAUCUGGGAUGACAGCAGCCUUUUUGGUAUAGAUAUGAAGGAGAAACUACUCCUGGUGUUGGGAGCCCUUGGAGAAACCAUGUGCUACCAUAAAAGUAGUAUCAGUUUGGAGCAGCCAGAGGUGAUGCUUGUGCACCACAGAAUGGCCUUUAUCAGCAUUUCCCUGUUUGCAGUUCGACUGCUACAAACGCUUCUCCCUGUUGAAAAGGCAAGCGAGUUUUUAUCAGAGCCUAUGUCAACAGCAUUAUUUCUCCUUUCUUUGGACAUGCCUAUUUCUUUGGAAUAUCCAAAUAUUCAUGAAGCUGUUGUGGCCUAUUUGGAACAGCUGAAUUCUGAAAACUACAGUAUUUAUAAACGAACUGCAGAGGCCGUUUAUUCAAUUGAAUGCACCUGUAACUUCCUGUCUGAUAUUGGGAAAGAGGGAGAGAAGAAUCUCUUAGAAUUAGUGGAGCUGGCAGACCAAGCCUUGCGUAGCUUUUCCUAUCAUCAGCAUUUCCCCCUAAUAAAGGAAAUCAUCAGCAUUUGUUCAAAGAUGUAAUAUUUUCUUUCUUAAUGUGAUUACGUUAUUAUUGGACACUUAGGGUGUGUGUAAACUUAGAAACAGUGAAAGUGAAACUGACUGUAUAUCUUUGUUAUUAUUUUUUAGUUUAAUUGCUUUUAUAUGUGUCUGAUUUUUAAAGGGUAUAUGUACAGCUGCAUUAGGAUACUUAACUGUUAUAUUCAAGAUUAAACUUCAAAAAUAUCAUGCCUACAAUCAAAAUGAAUAAUCCUUGGAUUUUUAUACAUUUGUUUUUGGUAUCCAUCCAGACUAUUCACACACAUUGUUUGUUUAUCUUUAAAGUUUUAAUUAAUAACUUAAACUGAGAGUUUUGUAACUUUUAUUACUUUGUACCUUUUUCUUAUGUGGAUUUUUAGAAAAGACUGUGUAUUGGUUAAUUUAUUUUGAGGACAUCAGCAAAUUUCUAUUUAGAACUUAGUGUCUUUAUUGCUUUUGGAAAGAAUAAAUUCUGUGAUGUGAUAAUCAUUAACUGAGUAGGGGAUUUUAAAGACAUUUUGGGUUUUUAAAAAUACUCUUUAAGACAGAACCUCCUCUGCCCUGAAACAAAUAAGUGCUUAGCUGGAAAUCUGCUCAGGCCAGUCCGUUACUACAAGGAGAAAGUCAGAAGGUGCUUCUCCAUAUGUUGUCUCACCCAUUGCCACGAGUGAAAGCUGAAACUUACCACCACUGUCUGGAAAUCACGAAGGAAUGUUUAGGUGUCCAUAAUGUCACUAAACCCGUGUCUUCACUUUGCAAUGGAAUUCAUUUUCUACUUCAUCCAAAAGUUCUGUAUGAAAUCUCUGUAUUUGGCAUUCAAGAGCCCAAAAGUGAGGUGAACACUGCUGCCAAGGCCAUUCUGUUAUACCUGCUUCAGGGACGAUUGAUGAUGACAGCAUUGACCUGGAACAAGUUUAUUGAAUCUCUCUGUCCUGUCAUCCCAAUACUACAGGGCUAUGCCGACACAGAAGAUCCUCUGGGUAACUGCAUUCUCCUUCUAAGCAAAGCAAGUUCUGACACAGAAGAGAUUCUUCCGUGUACUACCCGAUUAAAGUCCAUGCUGCGACUUUUGCUAGUGAAAAAGCCAUCGGUCCGUUCACUAGCAUUAAAGCUUUUAGCAUUCCAUCUUACCAGUGAAGAAGGGGCUGAUACAAAGCGUCCUCUAAUAGACGCCAGAGUUCUCUCCAGAGUUACUAAUUUAUUCAUUGUGAAGAAACCUAUUGAACUCAAACUGGAUGACAGAAGAGAGCUGGUUAUUAAGUUGGAGACUGUUGAAAAGGUAUAUGAAAUCUUCACCUCAGAUGAUGUUGAUCUCGUUUUGAGAAAGUCAGCUGCUGAACAGUUAGCUGUGAUUAUGCAAGAUAUUAAAAUGCAUGCUGUGGUGAAAAAGUUAUGCUUAAUUGACAAAAUAAUUGAGUAUUUAAAUGAAUGUGUGAGUCAAGAUGGCAAGGUUGUAGAAUGUUUGGUACAACCAUGCCUCACACUCUUGAGGAAGGUUUUAUGUGGUGAUCCAGUCAUGCGUGUUUCGCUCUCGCAACAGUCUUCUCUUUUGACCGUGUUAUUCAGAGUUUCCUUAAUAUUUCAUGAAGAUUGUAGUGUCGUGACUGAAGUUGGAGCACUAUUUUGUCUUCUAUUAUUUGAUGAAGUAUCAAGAAUGGAUAUGUGGUCUGUUAAUCCUUCCAAUAAACCUUCUUUGCCAUCAGUCUUCAGUUUGCCUGUUUCCGUUUUUAGAAGGUACCAUCUACCUGUUCAUGUAAUUGGACACCAUGCUGUGAGUCCUUACUCCAUAGUUUUGCCCUUAUCUGCUGAUUGUUUGGCCUUGAAGCCGGUGUCAGAUAUGCUGAGAAUAGCUUGGAACCUGUCAUGGUAUCAUGGGAGUGAUAAUCUGUUGAAGCAAAUGAACUCUGAAACUAAAACGCAAGAAAUUUUAGAUGCAUUGAAGUUAUCUACAGAGGACAUCCUCACUCUGAAGAUAACACACAUGGCUAGUGGGCUGCAGGACUGCCUCCAUUCCAUUGUUCAGGCUGCAACCCACAGGGAAGUUAGGGCUGCUGUCACCAGGAUGAGUUUUUAUCUUCUGAAUGACAGAUUGUCUUUAAAGGGUUGCCCUGGUCCAUGUGUGGUUACCUUGAAGUCCUUGGCUUGGCACACCGCACUAAACAGGUUUUUACAAGUGCUUCCUGCUUGCACUGAAGAUGAGAAACUGCUAAUAGAUAUCGUACAUUUUUUAAAUAAAUUAAUAAAGGAACAAAGAAAAAAUUCUUCACUAGAACUUCUAAACUGGAUUCUCGAAUUACUUCUUAGACAUAGUGCAAACCCACUGUUAGACCUCUUGGUUCUGACAGAGUCACAGGCACGAGAAGAAACAGAUGAUAUCCGGACUGCUGUCAGGCAACAACUUCAGAAAGAACUGAUUGCUCUUUUUGAUACCUUGCUGCUCAAUUUCAUGGAAGUUACUGACAGGAAAUGCUCGGAACUUCUUUACGUUUUUCAAACGCAGCUGGCUCUGAAACUGCUCCAGUGUCUGAAAGUGACGGAUGCGCCUCAUUUCUAUGGCCUGCCGUCCCUUGAGCGGACCUUACGAGGGAUGGCUAACCUCACUGCGUUUCCGGGAUGGAGCUCACACUCUCCUCUCACAAACCCUCUAGAUAUCUGUGUGAAGUACUUGUCAGGUCUCCUUGAGGUCAUUACUUCUUUUUAUGUGGAGCGUGGAGGAAAUGCUAUGUCCUUCAUGGGAAAAGGUGUUACAAAGAGCACAAUUCUUUGCUUGCUUCACUUAUCCCAUGAGAUGAUGGCCCAGGCUGGGAGCUCGGAGUGGAUGUCACUUUGGUUCUUGCCUUUGGGUAGUCAUAGUGAAGAACAUAUUCCUACUCAACAAGGAUUGGCUUGGUUGAUUCCAUUAUGGGUUGAUCGGGACCCAGAGGUGAGAUUCACUUCACUGGGAUUAGGAUCAGCACUGACCACCCUUGAAACUGGCUGUGUGGCCUUAGCAAACAGUUGUCAGAACAUUUCCGGUGGGCUCUGGGGAACUGUGGUGAACAUUCUUCUGGACCAGUCAGAAUGUAGUAUGGUGCGCCGGGAGGCGGCAUUUAUUCUUCAGAAUCUCCUUGUAAUUCCAAUGCCUACAGAAAUUAUAAAGGAUUAUACUUGGCAGGGUCCCUGUGUUCAUGAUGAGGACUCUGGCCUAUCGCUCAUUGGAAAACCUGCCCUUCAGGCUCUUUUAUAUCACUGCCAUUUUUAUGAACAUUUGAAUCAGAUGGUAAAGCAUUGUUACCUAGGACGGUGUAUGUUUGAUUUGAAUUUUUCUGCUUUUGAUAGAAAUUCAGAAAGCAAUGAUUUAAAUGGUUUAGAUGACUCAUUCAAGUUUUGGAGGGCUCCAUCUAGGAUAAGUCAGGAUCGAGAUCCAAGUUCUCUCUCCACCUCAGAAACAACGGUGGCACCUUCAUUGGGGAGUACUGAAUUUCAGCCACUUGUGCAGUCAACAACACUUCUGCCUGAAGCCUCCCAUGACCAGUUUGUGGCUCAAGGUCACCAGGAAAGUACAUCACCACGGCCACCUCAUGAUUCAUCUCUUUCUGCUCCCCUGCCCAAACUGUGUGUUUUUGUUACUCCAUCUCUUCUUUCAGCAAUGUGCAGCCUCUUGGACAACCUCUUGACGAUUGCUCCCAGAGACACUGCAAAGGCUUUUCAACAAGCUCAUCUCAUAGAACUUCUCUGUAGCAUUGCAGAUGCUACCCUCAUACAGACAUGUGUCCAGGAACUCAGAGCCCUGCUGCCUUCAUCACCUCCAGCUGAACACACUCAGGCUCAGGUUUCCUUUCUCCUGGAAUACCUAUCCUCUUUGUCCAGGCUUCUGCAGUCAUGUUUAUUGGUGGAGCCUGACCUUGUGAUUCAGGAUGAGCUUGUGAAACCUCUUAUCACCAAUAUCAUUGGAAUUCUCACCAUAUGUACCAAAGAUGUAUCAGAUAAAGAGUUAAUAUCAGCUUUUUAUCACACAUGGACACAUUUAUUUAAUCUUCUGGCCAUGCUCCUGAGGAAAGCUGGUGCCGUCACACUCCCGUCUGUUACCGUGGCCCUGGCCAAGCACUGGACAGCGGCGAUUGAUAUGUUCUGCAGAUGUGCAGGCUUGUCUGCCACGUGUCCUGCCCUGUAUACUGCCAGCUUGCAAUUCCUUUCUAUUCUCUUGACCGAAGAAGCAAAAGGGCAUCUCCAGGCUAAGAGCAAAACACAUUUAUGCUGUAGUCCAACAGUGGCUUCACUUCUUGAUGACUCUCAGGAAAAUCAGAAAUCUCUAGAACGACUUAGUGAUGUAAUCCUUCAGUGCUAUGAAGGGAAAUCCUCCAAAGAUAUCCUGAAAAGAGUAGCUGCAAAUGCAUUGAUGUCACUUCUGGCUGUCAGUAGAAGAGCACAGAAACAUGCUUUGAAAGCCAAUCUUAUAGACAAUUGCAUGGAGCAGAUGAAACACAUAAAUGCACAACUGAACCUAGAUUCUCUGAGGCCUGGGAAAGCAGCAUUGAAAAAAAAGGAGGAUGGUGUUAUUAAAGAGUUAAGCAUUGCCAUGCAGCUCCUAAGAAACUGUCUUUAUCAAAAUGAGGAAUGUAAAGAAGCAGCUCUUGAAGCUCACCUUGUCCCUGUCUUGCACUCUCUCUGGCCUUGGAUUUUGAUGGAUGAUUCAUUGAUGCAAAUUUCUCUGCAGCUCCUUUGUGUCUAUACUGCAAAUUUUCCAAAUGGUUGCAGUUCUCUUUGUUGGUCAAGUUGUGGACAACACCCUGUUCAAGCUACACAUAGAGGAGCCGUGAGCAACUCUCUGAUGCUGUGUAUCCUAAAGUUGGCUUCCCAGAUGCCACUGGAGAACACCACGGUUCAGCAGAUGGUUUUUAUGCUUCUUUCAAACCUGGCCUUGUCGCAUGACUGUAAAGGAGUAAUUCAGAAGAGUAACUUCUUACAGAACUUCCUCUCUCUAGCAUUGCCAAAAGGAGGAAAUAAACAUCUAAGUAAUCUGACUAUUCUUUGGUUGAAGUUACUCCUGAAUAUAUCAUCUGGAGAAGAUGGGCAACAAAUGAUUCUGAGGCUUGAUGGCUGUCUAGACUUACUAACAGAGAUGAGCAAAUACAAGCACAAGAGCAGCCCUUUAUUGCCUCUUCUUAUCUUUCAUAAUGUUUGCUUCAGUCCUGCUAAUAAACCCAAGAUCCUGGCUAAUGAAAAAGUCAUUACUGUGCUUGCUGCCUGUCUGGAAAGUGAGAAUCAAAAUGCUCAGAGGAUUGGAGCAGCUGCCCUUUGGGCUCUGAUUUACAAUUAUCAGAAGGCAAAAACAGCUUUGAAAAGCCCAUCAGUAAAAAGAAGAGUGGAUGAAGCAUACUCCUUAGCAAAGAAAACUUUCCCAAACUCAGAAGCAAACCCUCUAAAUGCCUAUUAUUUGAAAUGUCUUGAAAACCUCGUGCAGCUCCUUAAUUCUUCCUGAGUGCCAUGGGAUGCUACACCUUGAAGCUGACAGUCAUCAACAGGGGAGCUAAAGUUGAAGCCAGCUGUGUGUAGCAGCUGUUACCUGAAGACAUGCUACCUCUCUACAAAGUGUUGAUCCCCUUCUUUCCCAUGAGAGAGAGAACUGGUGAUACUCCAACACCGUCCAGUUGUGGCAGCUCUCCAGAAGUAAUAGCAGCUGACAACUUUCUGUGCCUUUUCCUUUCUGUUGAAAAGGCAUAGAAAGUUCUGGGAACAUAAACAUUUUUACCCUUUUCUAUGCCAUUUAUUUUGUAAAAAUCCUAUUUAACAGUUAUUUAAUAAAACAAUAUUUUUAGAAACUAAAAA